CUCCGAUCAAACGUCAAGUCAGCAGCAGACGUCACUUUCUUUGGUUCUCAUGAGACAGCAUUUUCCCAAACCAGUCUUUCUGCAAGAAGAUUCAAGUAAGGACAGAAAGAGGUCUGGUGCUCUCCAACCUUAGGAAAGAGGGAGAAUUACAAAGUAGUCAGAAUCCAGCCCAAAAGACUCUUUGUGACACUCAUCUUGACCAAGCCAAGGAUGCUGGCUUGCAGAAUCUUCAGUGUGCUGCUGACAUCCAUCAGUCUGGUUCUUCUGCUGAUGGCACUGAUCACUGACUACUGGAUAGUGGCCAGUGAUGCAAUAAGCUUCAUGCACAGCGGGCUCUGGAAAGUGUGCAGAGAUGGGAACUGCUUUGUACCAAAUAUAACUUAUGACUACAUUAUAGCAACACGUGCGUUCUUGAUCAUGGCCUCUCUGACAGCCCUGACUGCAGUCAUUGUUCUCGUUGCCUCCUUCAUGCCUUACAAUUGUGGUGUUUUGGACAAGCCCUUGAAUGCUUCUGUGGCUGCCAUCAUAGCUGGAUUGUUCAAUCUCACAGCCCUUGCUGUAUUCACUGCUGAAUCCUGGCAGAAGAAUGUGAACCCAAAAAUCCAAGUCACUUUCCAAUGGUCUUUCUACCUUGGCUGGGCAGCAUUUCCCAUGCUUCUAUUAGCUGGUAUAUUCAGUCUGGUUGCUCACCUGUGCUCUCUGCGUUCUGGCUACAACGUUUGAGCUUCUGGACCUAAAGAUACAACGGCAACAACUCCAAGAGGUCACAAUGCCAACCAGUGGCAGCUGGUGGCUUCAAUAACAAUGUGGUGGUGAAGCUCCUCUGUAUUUUAAUCCAGAUCGUAAAGGAUCUUUUGUAUGAGCUUAUUGCUUGGGCAAAUAAGCCGGUUUACCUCUUCUAGCAUCAGUUCUGGAUCCAGGAUGCCCCCAGAUGUUAUCAUAGCUAAACCACCACCAAUCUAGGCAGGAUGCCGCUGUCCGGAUGCAUCCCGGGUCAAAGCCUCGCUCAGUCAGCGCUUUUUAGAAGUUGGGGAACUUCCGACUUCAAAAAUUGGCCAGCUGAGUGAGGCUUCAACCCAGAAUGCAGCAUCUCGCCUAGAUCGGUGUUGAUUUUAGCUAUGAUUACAUCUGGGGGCAUCCUGGAACCAGAAUUGAAGCUGGAAGAGGUAAACCAGCUUAUUUGCCCAAGCAAUAAGUUCCUAAGGCACUGAAGUCUAUACUCUGAAAUAAAAUCCAGCACUUUGGAAAACUCAA